GUAUAAGCCGUUCCAUCGCACAGCUGUCAUUACAUCCGAGUGGGCCGAGUGGGUCACUUCCGUCCCUCUGCCCGUGUUGUUAACGUGGAAUGAGGAGCAUGCAUAUUGUCCCUCUCCGACUAUGUACAACAGUUGCAUUAAAGAUUGGAAACGGCAAGAAACAGCGAAUUUCUCAAGAGUAACCACGAAGUGGUUUUUCCUCACGCAGGUUGUAACGUGGUGUCAUAUGUGGACCGUAUGUGCCGUGGAAAAUCACAACCUGCGACGCGCAUCAUUCAUCGCGAUACCUUACACUGUGCUUAUUAUCUACUGCAUCAUGAUACGCUUCAGAUAUGGCUCGGAAACAAAGUUCACUGAGAUGGUCCACAAUUUAGACUUCCACGAUGCGUACCAAAGAUACAGCAACAAUCCGGCAGACCCACUAUUACCAAAGCCACUCAACCCAGCUGGAUUCAGAGUGCUGCUAAGAAACUCCAACUCAUUCGAGACGAGGGAUGUCGUGAUCUUUAUCAAGACAAUUAGUGAAAAUUACUCAUUGAGAAAGCAAAUUCGGGAGACUUGGGGAAACGCAAAGUGCUACGCUAAACACGGAUUCACAGCCCAGAUAGUGUUUGUUGUGGGUGUUUCUGCACCUGAUGUUGCUCAACAAUCUGAGAAGCAACAGCGUCUGAACUCGGAGCAUCUACUCUAUCAUGAUAUCAUUCAGUUUGAUUUUGUUGAUGCAUAUCGCAAUAACACUUACAAACUCAUGUCCAUUUUGAAGUAUGCGACUGAGGCAUGUUCAAAAUCCAGAUUUGUGCUGAUUUUCGAUGAAGAUUUUUUGGUUAGUCCAAAAAAUGUUGUGCAGACGCUGGCCAAAGUGACGCAAACACAUUAUCCUUACUACAUCGGAGGGCACAUAAUGGAAGGCGCUGGUCCCAUACGCAAUUGGGCGGACAAAUGGUUUAUGACCACUAUCCAGUACCCAUAUGUGGACCUCCCCCGUUAUCCGACUGGCGGAUCGGUUUUCAUGAGUAUGGAUGUGGCGAAGCUGCUCGCGUUUGGAUUACGUUUGUUCUACUUCAUGUGA